GUGCCGAAAUAGUAUCCGCGUGGAUCCAGAUCCUCCCCGGGCAUGGGUGGCAUCUUGACAAAUCGAGGCGGGACCCACCCGCCGAUCUCCGGCAACCAACCGCUGGUACUAGUCUCUGUCCCGCCCCCUCCCGAUUCUCCGGGGAGUCCGAGCGAGCUCACGAACAGCACGCCAGUCGACUCGCUCGCUCUCACUCUCCCCUCCGGCGCCCGUAGACGCAGCCGGCAGAUCCAAGCAAUGGAUUUGAGGGCGUUCUUCGGGGGCAAGAAGCAGGAGCCGGAGCAGAACGGGCACGCCAACGGGGCGGCGCCCAACGGGGGCGUCAAGAAGAGGACCGCCGAUUUGGCCAUCUACGAGCAGUACGAGCAGCAGGCCAGGCAGCCGGAGAUGCGCGCCGCAGCUAUUCGCGAUGGGAAUGCUGAUGUGAUCCAGAAGCCUCUCCUACCUCAGUUUGAGUCAGCUGAAAUGCGUAACUUAGCAGAGACAUUGUUGCGGGAUAUUAUCCGUGGGAGCCCUGAUGUGCAAUGGGAAAGCAUCAAGGGACUAGAGACUGCAAAACGUCUCCUAAAAGAAGCAGUCGUCAUGCCCAUAAAGUACCCAAAAUACUUCACUGGUCUACUAUCACCGUGGAAAGGCAUCUUACUUUUUGGUCCUCCUGGAACAGGGAAGACAAUGCUGGCAAAAGCAGUUGCUACUGAGUGCAAUACUACAUUCUUCAACAUUUCAGCUUCAUCAAUUGUCAGCAAAUGGCGUGGAGAUUCUGAGAAGCUAGUCAAAGUUCUUUUUGAGCUUGCAAGACAUCAUGCACCAUCAACAAUAUUUCUUGAUGAGAUUGAUGCUAUUAUUAGUCAGCGUGGUGAAGCUCGUAGUGAGCAUGAAGCUAGUCGACGCUUGAAGACUGAGCUACUUAUUCAGAUGGAUGGCUUGACAAAAACGAACGACUUAGUAUUUGUGCUUGCAGCAACAAAUCUACCAUGGGAAUUAGAUGCAGCUAUGCUCCGUCGGCUUGAGAAGCGGAUUCUUGUACCACUUCCUGAAGCUGAAGCAAGGCAUGCCAUGUUUAAGGAACUUCUGCCAGCAAUGACCUCAAAUCUAGAGGUCCCAUAUGAUAUCCUGGUCGAAAAGACUGAAGGGUACUCUGGUUCAGACAUCCGUCUCGUGUGCAAAGAAGCUGCCAUGCAGCCACUGCGACGUCUCAUGUCAGUUCUUGAGGCCAGUGAUGAGCUGGUGCCAGAGGAAGAGCUGCCUGAGGUUGGCCCUCUCAAACCUGAAGACGUCGAACUUGCUUUGAGCAACACAAGGCCGUCAGCCCAUCUCCAAGCACAUCGUUAUGAAAAGUUUAACCAGGACUAUGGGAGCCAUAUUCUUUCUUAAGAGCAAACCACGAUCAGCUUCUCAGGUUUGCCAAGUGAAGCACGGUGGUGGUUUAUUUGAACAUGUACUGGUACAAAGCUAUCUUGCCCUACAAGGCCACACCAAUCAAAAUGGCCUUGUCGCACCGUUAUAUUUAUCCUUUGACAGUCGUCAAGCAGGAUGCAAAAAUUGUUGCUAAAUACAUUAGACUGGUUUAAGUUGGGAUGCAAUCAUUGGGCAUCUGAUUUUUCUGCGCCAGCUCUGCUUGACUAGACUGAAAUAUUACCCUGUAAUGAUCAUACUCCAAAAUAAUUAACAAAUGAUUCAUUGAGUAGGAUUUAUGAUGAAAUAAAUUAGGCAUGUUGAAUGGAA